CAAAUUUGUUAAAUGUAGCGGUAAUUCAAUGGUUUACUGUUCGCAAAGAUGGUCCUACAUGUCAUUGAAUUAUAAUCCCUUUCAGAUUCCUUUACUGGUUAAGUGAACUUUAUUUAAAUCAUCAUUGGCCUCUCUCCCAAAUAUUACUUCAAAGUAUCAGUUGGCUAGUCGCAACGAUAUAACUUACUGGACAUUACGAUUACUCAAUAUCAUAACUGAAUAUUAUGUCUAAUUUGGAAGCAGACAAGUCAUCACUCCGAGAAGAUGGUUGCACUUCCGUGGAAAUAAAUCAUAGUAUACCCGCUACAGAAAAGUUAAGUAAACUUCCUCUCUCACGUGUUAAAAUAAUAGUAAAAACGGUGCCGUCUGUUUCUCUAGUUACUUCCGAGGCACUGGCUUCAAUUGGGUUUCUAUGUGAGCAAUUUAUACAAGAUUUUUGUCGUAGUGUUAUUGAAGUAACUGCACAAGAAGGCAAGAAAACGGUCACCAAGCAACAUGUUCAGAGUACUGUUCAAUCAACCCAGAAGUACGAGUUCCUCGAUGGGAUUAUCGAGUGAUCUGUAUUUGUGGGAGGUUACCGCGUCACAUCUAUUAUGUCAAACAUCCUCGUACCCGUCAAAGCAUCAUAAGACUGUCUAUUUUGUAAAUUAAUAUUGAAAUACAUCUGACGCCUAUUAA